AUGUACACCGCAUGUCAGAAGACCGCUUGCCUCUCAGAACUCUUUCCGCCUAGUCCUGUAAAGAGGCUGACAGGUGGGAAGUGCAUGGCCUGCCAACGAAGGACGAAAACACUAACCAGCACUAACAGUAAUCGUCGACUGCCGCCUCCCUGGAUGGGGACCCCGGGAUUCAAAUCACCAAUGGUUAACAACAUGGGCAGAAAUGGCCCAAUCGCGCGGUCAGUGGCGCUCGUGGAUCAAAGCUAUCGCCUUCAGUGCGUGGUUACUCAAAUUCCAAACAAACUGAACAUGCUUCCGCCCCCAAGGUUUGGUUGUAUGUUCCAACUUCCCGUUUUCCGAUUCGUGAGAAUCGAUCCGGCCCUUGCCCUGGUAGAAGUUGCAUCGAUCAUCUCUUUAUUUCGCAACAAGUGUCCCUCCUUACAACGGCCAACAAUAGUGGCUUUUCUCCAUCUCAGAUGUUUUCUCUCCAUUGAUCGUCAGAAGCUAUGGCAGUUUCGGUAUGAAUGUACCACCUAUAAAUUGUUAGUGCAGGAUUGGGUAAGAUCAAAUCCAAACCUCAUGCUUGCAGGUGAACUGAUCGAUUUGGUAGCUGCAUAUGACCCGGCGGAGUGGCGAAAGACAAAACCGUUUCCUGGAUUGGGAAGUCAAGGGCAGCGUUCGCUAACCUCUGACAUUUGUGACCAGCUUGUCUGUCAAGAUAAGAGUGUACUAUGCCACUGUCCAAUCUGUCCUACUUUAUGGAUCAGAGGUGGGGUUGCUGUGUGCGGAGGGUCUUCGGAAAAUGUGCUCGACCGUCCGUGUCUCCGAAGCUUUCCUCGGGCCUGGUUGAAACAUCAGAUCAGUAAUGCUGAAGUAUGUCAUAUGGUCAUCCAGAAAGUUCAUUGUUCCUCGAUAGAUCAGCUGAUCACAAUAUGCAGGCUACGCUGUUUAGGUCAUUUGGACAAUGCGGUAACCAAAUCGGAAAUCGGUUUUGGAAUCUUGCGCUACGUGAGCAUUCUUUCGCCAAUGAGGUAUGUAUUGUCUAUUUCAAAUACACAGUCUGAUCAACUAUUAGAAAGCUAUCUACGACAGCGCUCUUUCAACAUUCUUCAUCAAUGGCGCCGCAGACAAUGGAGGUUAUUUACCUGUUGUAUCGGGCCUAAAAGCUCGGGUACGUGGCACCAUUCGUUUUCUCUCACAGGGUUUUGUAGGCUGUUCUGGUAG